AUGAAUAAUACAGAUCCAACGUCCUUUCAAAGUAUUCUAGCUGGGGUUAAAAAAUUGAGGGAACAGGAAGGCGGUAAAGAAGAUGAUUCCAAGAAGAAAGCUCAAAGCCAAUCGUCGAGGACACCAUCUCAACCAAUUCAGGCUAGUAGUGGUCCAGUAGUAAAUGCAUUUAAUCAACAAAGAAUAAUACCAGGGGAAGGCACAAAUACUGAUAAGGACUUUUCUAGGAAGAGACCAUUUACAGGAUCUAACUCUAAUUCUGUAUUGGUAAACACUACUCAGAAGGAAAAUCCAUUAUUAAAUCAUUUGAAAAAUACAAAUUGGAGAUAUAUAUCUUCAACUGGUGGUAAUAAAAUAUAUUAUGAUUAUCUUGUGAGAAGUAGAUCUAUACUUUUUCUAACAUUAAGUUAUCAUAGAUUAUAUGCUGAUUAUAUUGCAAGAAGAAUGUUACCUUUAUCUAAAAAUGAAAAUAAUAUCCUGAUAUUUGUUGUGGAUGACAUUAAUUCUGAAGAUCCAUUAAAAGAUUUAACCAAACUUUGUAUGUUUAAUGGAUUCACAUUGCUCGUAGCUUUCAAUUUUGAGCAAGCUGCUAAUUACCUUAGGUAUCUUAACCAGUGA